GCUGCACAUUUUGCAUUUUCUCAAACCGUCUGUGAUUACUCCAAGCAAGGUCGAUUCAAGGAAAGAAUGGUUGACUACCUCUGGGGCGAUACGAGUAAAGAGGAGAAGAGGCUGAUACGAAAACUUGAUUUCUUUAUUCUUACUUUUUGUUGCUUCAGCUUCUUCUUCAAUCAUCUUGACAGACAAGCCUUUGCAAAUGCAUACGUAGCCGGUCUUAAAGAAGCUCUCGAGCUGAGUGGCAACCAGUACAAUGUCCUCCUCUCCAUGGCAUCAGCAGGAAUGCUGGUCGGCCAAAUACCCAGCAGUAUAAUCAUCCACAAGAUCCGCCCUCGAAUAUGGAUGUCUUCCAUGGUCGUCGUAUGGGCAGGCCUCACCAUGGCCAGCGCAGCGUGCAAAACAUAUGCCCAACUCUGCGCCGUUCGUUUCCUGAUGGGUCUCGCGGAAGCAAGUACAUAUGCUGGAUCAAUCUACAUCAUGGGCUCUUGGUACAAAUCCAACGAAAUCGCCAAACGCACCGCCAUGUUCACAGUAGCAGGCCAAGUCGGCAAAAUGUUCGCUGGAGCUAUGAUGGCUGCCAUUCAUGAAUCAAUGGAAGGUCACGCUGGACUGGAGGGCUGGCAGUGGGUAUUUUUGAUCGAUGGUAUCAUCACCUUGCCUGUUGCUGUCUUUGGGUUCUUCUUCUUUCCGGAUGUACCUGAGUACACGGACGCUUCGUAUCUGAGUGAUAAGGAGCGACAACUUGCGCUUGAUCGAUUACCGCCGAAGAAAGAAGAUGGUCAUGAUAUACAGGCGUGGAGUCUUGUUAAGAGGGUGAUGGGACAUCCUUUGCUCUACGUGUGCUGCGUCUUUUCAGUUCUCGGAUCAGCGCUCCAGUCUUACGUCGUACAAGGACUCAUGCUUCUAUACUUGAAGUACCGCAAGGACAUUGACGGUUUCACACAGUCUGAAGUCAACACCCUCCCAAUCCCAACUCACGCCGUUGGUAUUAUCGCCGAGCUAUCUGUCUCAUUCUUCAUGGAUCGGUACAACCGCAGGAUGUCACUUGGCUUUCUGCUCUGCCUGAUCCAAAUCAUCUGCAGUAUCAUACUGCUGGUUCCUGGGACGUCAGUUGCAGGCAACCUCACAGCACUGUAUCUCUCAGCCUCAGCGUACGGCAUCAAUCCAUUGCUGUAUGGUUGGUCAAGCAACAUCUUGGCCCGGACGGCAGAUGAUGCUGCUCGAAGUGUGACAUUGGCUUCAAUGGCAGCAAGUGAUGGACUUCUGUGGACAUUCUGGGGUAUCGUCAUGUUCCCUGCUGACCAUGCACCUUACUGGCGAAACGGUUAUAUAGGCAUGCUCUGUGUUAGUGCUGCUAUGGUUGGCUGGCUAUUUGUCGUUCGUUGGCUCGAUCGUUAUACGGCGGAAAAAUAUCCUGCUGGUGAUCAUUCAAGUGCCUCAUCUCUGGUGGUGACAGAGGUGAAUUACUCUACAAUGAAUCAAGGGACUGCAGAUGGGAAGGUUGUGUAGGAAACUUAUGUCAAAGGGCGGGGGCUUAGACACCUGUGCUAGAGCUAUGUCAGCGACCUUGUUGCCAGUGAUCUUACAUGCAUAUACCUUCUGCAAUCUGUUAACAAUAAACCUAGCACGGCUUAGUUUAACACAUUUAGACUCAACCGUCACACUGCGGUGCAGAAUUUGCCAACAAGUGGCUGACACCAAGGGAUCAUGCUUAAGAAGCUGCAAAUAGAGUUACUAAGAUACGCAAUGACCUGUUAUUAUCUUUGGGCGACAACACGGAAAUAGAUAAGAAGGAUGAUGGUGUACAAAGUGAAUUAAUAUCCCUCAGCUUGCCGAAAGCGCAUGUCUGAGGCGAGGGAGAAGAGGAGGAAAACAGACGUCACGCUCCCUUCGCCUAAAAGAACAGACGAUUACACAACUGAACAUAUCAGGAAGAGGAAAAGGGACAAUAUCGAAUCAGCUGGGGUUACAGAGCCGACGAAGAAGAAAAGGAGACAGAGCCAGGUUGUAGGUAGCUUGGACCUGAAGUUGACAGCGAUUUCGUCUUGAGGGUGCAUUCCGAGCCUAAUACCUAACGCUUACCGCUAUGUUCGAUUCCGAAGCUAAACGUCUCAUCCCAAAGCUCUGGUUACACGUGCUAUCCAGUGCAAUACAAUAGCGCGCCUCUUUUAUGCAGAAAUGGGCAGAUUGAGUUGAGGUUGAGCUUAGAGUGGUAGAGUGGCUGGCUGGUCUCUCGAAUAUGCAAGCUAGUUUCAAUUGCUCCACCAAUAGAUAUUAGCCAGCUACAGAAGCUACUAUGGUUAUCGCUUGAAACUUCUAAGUUUAAUAUAGUAUAAGCUCUCUAGAAACAUCUAUAUCAAGACAUCUUGAG